UUCACGGCAGUCCCAGCAGUGGUUAAGAGACGAUCAAUGCUGAUCCAACAGACGAACUGCAGCAAGCCCCGUCGGCGAGGUCGCCGGCGUGUGCGCAGCAGCGGUGGUGGUGUCCGGCUGGGCUUGCUGCUCCGGCUGCGCGUGCGGCUGUCCGGAAUCGUCGGCCUGCUCGUCAGGAGCAUGGAGGAGCUCAGAUGCUACCCUGGCCGUGGCAAGACCAGCUGCUCGACGUCGAGAGCGCGCAGGCCGGCGUUGUCCCUUGGCGGUAGCUGCCGUCGCCGUCCGGCGCCGGCAGAGAGGAAUCAGAGCUCCUUCUACAACGAGGCCAUAGCAGACUGCUUGGAGUUCAUCAAGAGCAGAUCCACCUACCUGCCUGCGAAGGAUGAUAAGAUUGUCAGUUUGAAUUAGUUUGAUUGUGUAGUCUUUCUUUAUGGUGAAGUUUCUGCUCCUGGAAUUGGUUUUAUCACUUUUGGGGGAGAAUUUAAUUAGUCUUUUCUUAGUGUUCUACGUAUGUUUACAUGAUGAUUAGUUCUCAAAACAAAAACAAAAUUGUUGGCACCCAUCAAAA